GUGUGAUGUCAUGUGAAAAGGGUUUAUUGACCAAAUACUGAUUUUCCACCAUAAUUUACAAAUAAAUUCCUUAAAAAUCAGACAAUGUGAUUUAAUCUUUUUUUCUAAUUUUGUCUCUUAUCGUCGUGGUAUAGCUAAGUCGCUUUCAGCUUAUACAGUGUGUGUGUGUGUGUGUUGGAGAUAUUUGUUAGUCAAUGGUUCACUUUGAUACAUAACAGAAUGUAAGAAAGAAAGAAUCCACUGUUCUAUUUAUUAUAUCUUUGUUUAACUUUUGUUAUAUUCAUUGUUCUUAAGUUUGUGGUUUUGUGUGAAAUGAAGGAAUAUUGGUCAAUCGGCUUGGAUUAAAUCUUUUAAGACCCAUAGCACAAUUGUCUUUCUUUUUUUAGCCUGAUCUUAUCAAUUGGAAUGAAGUGUAUAUGUGUGCUUCUGUACAGCAGCUUGUGAUGUGUUCAUGGUUGUGUGUUUUUUUUUUUUUUUUACUUCAUUAGUUGAUGACAUUAAUGUUGAGGCUUUUUAAUAAUACAGUGAGCUGACACAAUUAUAAUGCCAACAUGAACCAAGUUUUCCACUAGUGAUAAGAGGUGGGAUGAUCGUAAAUAGCAUUUAUUUGGUCAGAGGUACUACUAUGUGUGUGUUAAGUAAAGACACCUGCUUCUAGACUUGAGAAGCUUUGACCUAAGCGGCUAUAAUAUCACUGCAAAAUCAGACCCCCAACUAAAACCGUUUGGCCCUUUAGAUGAACGAGGGGCGCUAAAAAAAAAAGCAGAAGAGGAUAUCAGUCUUGUGUUGAAUGGCCAGUGUCCUUGUGGUAUUGCACAGGGAGUGCUGCAGUCCAGUGAGGGGUUAGUAAUGUGAGUAACAGGAUGUAAUUUGUGAGUAUGACCAUAACCCUAUUGUAUCCCAUGUCAGCCAAUUCAGAGGUCACCUGCAAUGCAUACAGAUGCAGUCCUUGUUCGACCCAUUAUGACCUUGAAUGAAUUUACCCAACACUAAUUAUGAGGGAUUGGCAAUAAACCGCUGUCCUUGAUGGGCCUCAUCAGUCGCCUCAGUGGCUUAGUUCAAACACCCCCUCCCCCCAAACACACACACACAACAGCUCUGAGCUGCCAUACAUCCUUCAGACCCUGAUUAUUAAUAGGGAUGUCCCGAUCAGGUUUUUUUGGGCCCGAUCCGAUUACAAGUGAUCUUGUUUGAGCAUUUCUGUGACCGUUCUAGAUUCGUUCAUGAAAGUACCAUCUCUAUGUAGACAGGUACGGUGUGUGGGAAUCACCUGUUUUUCUGUCUGUUCUUCUGUCCCCGCUCAUAUCCCAUCCAUUUGCAUAGAUAGGUUCCACUCACCACUGAACUGCUUUUAGUGCUCAAUCUAAUUGAGAGAAUCCUGUUGUUUUCCAAAAUAAAAGAUUUUUAACUUUCCACGGCCCGGUGGUUCAGGACCACUGCUAUAAAUAACCCACAAUAACUGAAAUCCACAAAGAAGGAUUACAGAUGUUUUAAUGUUGUACAUUUCUUUAUUAUACACUUUAUAUACUCUCAAAGUUCAAACCUUCAAGAGAAAUAAGUCCGGAAUGAAACUAAAGAUCUGAUUGUGAUCAGAUUUCUGUAAAUUUGGUGAACUGAACACAUUCUGUACAGGUUUGAUUGACAAGGGCAACAGCCAAUCAGGAUUCAGAACAACUUGCUUUAAAAAAAAAAAGAAAAAAAAUAGCAUACAUAGUUGCCUGAAAAAAAUCUGCAAGACUGCAAAAGGUUAACCACAAAAUAGCGAGGGAACACUGUAUCCAAUGUUUUUCCUGUUUUCAGUUCAUCCUCCUUUUUUUGUGUGUGUGUCUAGUUCCUUUGUGACGGGCACUGCGUGCUGCGAGAACUUCUCUCCUCUUCAAAUCUGGGACUUUGAGCGAUCAUCCUGUGUGUGCAGACUGGGCUCAGGUUUUCGGCGUGGUGCUGGCAUUCUGGAUAUAGUUUUUGAGUCUCCGUUCCAGCUCCUUACCUGCGGUUAUGAUACCUUCAUUAGAUUAUGGGACCUCCGACUCAGCACACAGACAUCUGUGAGGGAGUGGGAGGAGCCUCACGAUAGCGCUCUCUACUGCAUCCAAACAGAUGGGAAUCACAUGAUAGCCAGUGGCUCUUCCUAUUAUGGGGUUGUACGUCUUUGGGACCAACGGCAGAAGCCCUGUUUGCAGUUCUUCCAACUCAGCUCAAGGCCCGCGAGCAGCCCGGUGUACUGCCUGAGGUUUAGCAGCUCUCACCUGUAUGCAGCUUUGGCCACUUCCCUGCACUCACUGGACUUCAGACACAGCCACACCAAUGCAAAAUGACGCAAUUUUCAAAAGGACACUGUCAUUUUACAGUUAAGCUUAACUAGUCUGAUUAAGAUUAAUGUGAGAUGGCCAGUAAAUUUUCCAUGAACAAACUUUUAAAUUUGAUUUCCAAUUCUACAUUUAAAAAAGCCAUGUUGAUGUGAAGUACCUGAAUUUUAUCCUGAUAAUGUAAUCAGCAAAGUCUGCUGUUGUUGAAGGACUGUUAACUCAGGGAUUUAUUGAGUAUAAACCCCUGUUGUAUUUCAUACUAAACUUUAUUUGUAUUGA